CGGGCCCCGCCGCCUGCAACAUGGUCUGGAAAACUCUCUCGCUGCUUUGCGCCCUGGUGGCCGUCGCGCGGCUGCGAGCCGAGGAGGAACCGAGGAGCAAAUCCAAAAUCUGCGCCAAUGUUUUCUGUGGAGCUGGACGAGAAUGCGCUGUGACAGAAAAGGGAGAGCCAACCUGCCUCUGCAUUGAGCAAUGUAAACCUCACAAGAGGCCUGUGUGCGGUAGCAAUGGCAAGACAUACCUGAACCACUGUGAGCUGCACCGGGACGCCUGCCUCACUGGCUCCAAGAUCCAGGUGGACUAUGAUGGCCACUGUAAAGAGAAGAAGUCUGAGAAUCCAGCUGCAAGUCCAGUUGUCUGCUACCAGUCGGACAGGGAUGAGCUUCGGCGCCGCGUCAUCCAGUGGCUGGAAGCUGAGAUUAUCCCGGACGGCUGGUUUUCCAAGGGCAGCAACUACAGCGAAGUCCUGGACAAGUAUUUCAAGAGCUUUGACAAUGGUGAUUCUCGCCUGGACUCCACUGAGUUCCUGAAGUUUGUGGAGCAGAAUGAAACCGCUGUCAACAUCACCACCUAUAUGGACCAGGAGACCAACAAGCUGCUCAGGGGACUCUGCGUAGAUGCCCUCAUCGAACUGUCUGAUGAAAAUGCUGACUGGAAACUGAGCUUCAACGAGUUCCUCAAAUGCCUCAGCCCAUCCUUUAACCCACCAGAGAAAAAGUGUGCUCUGGAAGAUGAAACCUAUGAAGACGGAGCAGAGACCGAGGUGGAAUGCAACCGCUGUGUCUGUGCCUGUGGGAACUGGGUGUGCACCGCAAUGACGUGCGAGGGGAAGAAUGAGAAGGUCCCUGGUCAGAGACGGCACCCUGAGCAAGACCUGACUGAGGAGGAGCUGGCUAGAUACGUUCAGGAACUGCAGAAGCAUCAGGAGACGGCUGAGAAGACCAAGCGAAUGAGCACCAAGGAGAUGUAAGGGGCCUCCCCACAGGAGGAGGCCAGGAGGAUGGGCCCAACUGCCGCCCCGUCCUCCAGUGCUGAUCUCAGUAUGCACCAGUGUCUGCUACAGUCGCCCAGUCACAGAUAUUUACAUUGUAUAGCGAUGGGUUCUUUGUUUUGUAAUUCACAGAGAAAUGGGGCCAGGGAAGGGGAGCAGAGCCCACCUGUUCAGGGAGCUUCAUUGCUGGGGCCUUGGAAGGCUGGGAGCUCCCCCAGGUCAUUGUGGGCUCCAACACAACAAGGUUCCUUUUGACCUCAUCUCGCUCUUACUCCCUGCUCGCUCCGUAAAGGUGCUAUCGUAUUUUUUCUUAUCACAUUCACAUGCUGACUCCCCCUUUUGUUUUGUUUUGUUUUUAUUACUUUAUUUCCUAAGGUAGUAAUUCAGCUUUUGUAUGUUUUGUAGCUCUAGAUCCUUCAAGAAAACCCAGCUUGUGGGGUUUCGUUCCUGCGAGUGUUGUAAUGCCCAUGCAUAGUUUUAUCACGCUGCACUCAGCCACACAAGCAACACAAGUGACUUGUGAGCCCGACACUACAGGGUACUUCUGAGUUGGGGAUGACCGUGUCCUUCAUGAGGAGAAGAGAUGGGGCUGGAUGAAAUCGGUUUCCCCUGACACGGAUCGACACUGCGGCUCGCUCUCGCUGCCUUGGCCAGCACCGAUUCUGUGCUCAGAGCCCAGAGCCCUUGCACAACCCGCCCUAAAUUGCCCAGAGGGAAAAGCCAGGUAGUCUAGAGACAGGUGGAUUGGGCAAUUGCAUUAGUGGGGGAUUUUAAAAGAUGUAACUACAUAGAAGACUGUUCAGCUGGAGUCUGGGUGAGGUUAGCUCUCUUCCUGGGUCUCCGUUUCUGGCCAGGAUAAGGCAGCAGCUUUCAUUGGUCCCAGGGCUGGAUUUGGAGUCAAGGCUCGAAUCCUCAUUCUUGAGGCUUUUACCAGUGACUCUGAUCUGACCCUCUUUGGCAACUGUUGCAUCCCUUCAUGGGUCAUUUUUUCUGGGCUCUUUCACAGAACAUUGGUCCUGGUUAAGAACGUAGUGCUCUUUUUUUGCCAAUCACCUCUCUAGCCUCAAGCUCUGCUGAUUUUCUCCUGAAGUUGGAAGAUGUCCUUCCUAGUGCUUGCAUGAGCAAGCAACCUGUGUCCACAUUCCUUUCAUGUCCCUGCUGUGCAUCCCAAACAGUUGCAGAUAGCCAGCGUUGAGAGGGCUGCCUAUGACUUCGAUCUUCCCGAUCAAAACCAAUUCCAGUGAUUUUUGCCGAGGUAUUUUGUGAUCCUUAACGCUUACUCAAGCGAAACUUCCACCUGCAUCAGCAGAAGGUUGUUCCACUUGAGUGAGGAUCAGCAGGGCUUGUGUCCCAAGCACCCCCCUCACGCACAGGGCUUGAAAAGGCAGAAGGAGCUUGUGCCUAGCAAGUGCAGGAGAGGAAAGCCUGGUCCCUGCUAUGGUCUGGCUUUUGCGGUGGGGAUCAAUCCACCCCACAUGCUUAGAAAUCCCAGCAUAAUAAAUACAAAGAGGGCCUGGUUCUUCUGCUAACAUGGUCCAGAUUUGGGCCAGUGCUACCGCCUGUGGAAGUGAGGAGGGUCGGUCCGUACGAGAUGAGGGGAAGGCCGAGUCUGAGAGCAGAAUGGCACUACAGUGGAAACAAGGUCAAGAACAAGUCAAGAACAAGUGCCGAACAAGAGUCAAGUUGUUUGUGUUCCCUCAUUCCCAACAGUGGUGCUGGAGGAAGUGGUUGGUGGAACAGGAGCAUCCCU